CCCAGUGCCUUUAGCAACAAGGCCUCUUCCUGCAGUCUUCAGUACCAGAGUGAGGUUUACACCAGACUACGAGCUCACCUGCUGGAUCUCAUCCUCUACAUCAACUCUAAAUCAAAUCUUGAUUCAAAAUCAAAUAAUAAAUCUACAUCAAACCUUAUCCCACCAUCAAACCUUAUCUCACCAUCAAACAUUAACUCAAUACCAAACAUCAAACCAAAAUCAAACAUCAACUCAAAAUCAAACCCUGACUCAAAAUCACACCCAGACAAGACAAACGUCAAAUCAACAGCUACGGCACCUCCUACUUCUUCCAGCACCCCCGAUCUCCUCACCACUGACGUCGUGGGGGCGGGGUCAAAGCUCCACGAGCCAAUGGAAUACAAGAGACCUAAAACUUGGCGCACACGCGAGACCCACAGAGACAGACAAAGGCGUUUAUAUCACUGAGGCCAUACUACAAGGUGGCACCGUUAGUCAGAGGUCUAUUUCCAGUUUGCAGCGGUUCGAAACGACUACAGUCCCGUUUCGACAAGGUUCCUUGACAUUGACAGCAAACGUCCCAUCUGAAUCAAAAUAUAACAUUUAUUUUUAUCUCUGUCUAUUUCCCGUAAGAGCUAUCAGUUGUGGGGAAAAUAUUAACAGCUUGGAAUACCCCAGUCUUGCGAUGAAAGACCAAACAGAAGCUGUUAGUUCUGAAACCCCUGGAAAACUGGACAAUAACUAUAGGGACAACAUCAGCACAGAUAAUAAGAACGUGAACAAUAACAACUUGGUGCAAAACAAGGGGAUACACACAGAAAACACAGAGGCAAUUCGUAGCGCGGUACCGUUACUGCAAGAGAUGGACAAAGACAGUAGUGUUGGAGAAGGUUCUGAACCUUUCCGCAGUGUUAAGGUGAGCUUUGAGGAGUCGCCACAAAUCUUGGCGGAGAGACGACGAAGCGUACAGCAAAUGACACAGAACACAGUACCGACAUUGAUUACAGAACGAGUCGACACGAUGUCAGAAGAGAACACGACGGUGAAGGAGUCAUAUUUUACAGACAAGAUCAUGGACAAGAAGGAACACACAAAUAGGUGUAUUAGUGAACACGACUGUGUUUUGGGAAAAGGGCUGAAUGAAAGUAUGAACGACAAAGAAAACGAAAGUAAAACGUUCAGUAAACUGGACAAUGGGUCAAGAAAAGGCGCCCUAACCAAUCACAGCUCUAACUCGGAACAGCCUGACUCCCCUUUUCCUGGUAUCACUUCGAGGUCGAGUGAAAGGCUGUCGUCCCGCCAAAAUCUGGAGAACUGUUUGGAGGAAGGAACGUCAAAGGAUGAGAGUGAGAGCCUCAGUCUUCAGCAAAUAGAAAAUAAUAUCAGAAGCACUUUCACAACCGCAGCAGAGAAGGGCCAACAGUUCGCACCCGGGUGCGAGCAGCCUAGUUCGGAAGCAGAGCCAGAGCUGGCCCAAGCUCAAGGACCGCCGUCCUACGAGUCCAUCAUGGCAAAGAGUAUGGAGAUAACGGACAUAACAGAGAUAACCACAUCGAGUGCACAGCAGCCUAAAGAGAUGAUGACAUCAUCGACCAGCGGUCAAGACUUGAUCCAGGAUGGCUUCCCGAGAGGGUCAUCGGUGGCUGUAUCGGGUCAACAUGCAGUUCGUGACCAGAUAGAGAAAAUGACCAGGGUAGUAACUGCACCCGGACAUUCUCACGCGACCUGCAAUGACGUCAUCAACCCGGGUCAGCAGACAGAUACAAGAGAGGGGGCAGCGAGCACUCAGUCAACUCACAGCGCGGCGUGCACACAACAAGAAACACUCGGGGGGCACACAACAACUCAUGCUCCAUUCGCGUGUUCAGAAACUGCUGGAGGAGGUUUUGAGGUACCUGGAAAACCCGUAGGGGAAGCCAAUAUUUCCCACGAAAAAGAGAAAAACAGUUCCUCUAAGAAAACAACUGAAAGCAUCAGUGUUUCUGGAGGAAAGAAAAACAGUCCAAACAGCUCCGCUCCGAUGACAUUAAACCAGAACGCCCAGACAUAUGGAGGAGAUGGAAAGCCCCACGACGCGGACAGCACCGACGAAAAAGGCGGAGAAAAUAAAAAUGGCGCGAAAUCGAUCACAAAUAGCGACACAACUGGGUCUGACAACGCCCCAACAAACUCCCAAGGAUCUCAGAGGGAUGAUGGAAGCCCCUCAGGACAGGGACGGUCUACAAACGACGACACCACGCGACACGGAAGUGGGGGAGACAAUCCCGGAGAGGCUUCCGGUAUGGACGGAAGUGACGUAGACAGAAGUGACGUAGACGCCCUGACGGCGGACCGGCCGGCUGACGGCGAUGUGGUUGUGGUGACCGGCGGCUGCGGCUUCCUGGGCCAGCACAUUGUCAAGAUGCUGCAGCUCAAAGCUCCACACGUCUCCGAGAUAAGAGUGCUGGACUUACGCCCGUUUCAACAAAGAUUGGGGUGGGAAGCUCCAGGUGAUCUCCCUCCGUGCAAACGUCAUGUACGGGGAGCUUGACCCUUUCUACGUCACCAGCGGCCUCAAGAACGCCAAGAAGAGGAAGGGAGUAUUGUCACAGGUGGGCGACGGGACGGCCAUGUUCCAGCAAGCGUACGCCGGCAACACCGCCUGGGCCUUCGUGUGCGGCGACCUGGCCAUGCGAGAGGACCCGAUGCUCACGGGCGAGAUCUUCUACGUGCCAGACAACACGCCCGUGCAGAACUCCUUCAACUUCAUGCGGCCCUACCUGGAGGCGCGCGGCUACCGCCUCUCCGACGGCUACCUCUCCUAUCCGCUGGUCCACGGGGCCGUGGUGGCCACGGAAAUGCUGGUUAAGGCGCUGUCCCCGCUAGUGCGGUUCAGCCUACCCACCCAGUCGUACAGCCUCGAGUACAUCAACACGGACCUCUACUUCAGUGGGAACAAAGCCCGGAGCAUGCUGCGCUACGAGCCGCUCUACUCCCCUAGUGAGGCCCGCACCAUGUCCCUGCCUUACUACAUGACGGUCAAUCUCGACUCGACGACAGACGUCGACUGGACCCCGGAAGACGCCCAAAGAGCCCUCUCGACACCGGUAGGAAACCCGGCGGAGCGGACGCAGGAAGGGGUGCCUUACCCCGUCGAGCUGAUGCCACCUGCGGGAGAGGGCGCUGAUCUCGACCUGGCGACAGCGCUGGCUUCAGAAGAACUUCCUCAAACACCAUUUUCAUCGGCAGAAGUGUCGAGACAAGAAGCAAAGGGUGCGGGAGUGAAAGAACAUGGACAGGGAGAAAACUCUAGCGUAGGUGAAGCAGCGGAGAACAAAACUACGGAAGCUUCUGAAGAGGGCACUGAAACUCAAAGCCCUUCACAGAACACAAGUUCUUCACCAGCUCAAGGCGACACAUCGACAUCACCAUCACAAGGUGAUGCGUCACCACAGUCACAAGGUGAUACGCCAUCACAAGCACGAGAACAGGGCGACACGCCAUCACUAGGACAAGGUGAUAUCUCACCCCCGCCUCAAGAGGAUACCUCACCAUCAUCAACACAAGGUGGUAUACCAUCAGAAGUACAAGGAGAUACGUCCUCACCAAAACAAGGCGGUGCCUCACAGUUGCCUCAAGGGGAUAGCUCAUCACCAGCAGAAGAUGGUACAUCGUUGCCCCCACAAGAUGAUACUUAAUCCUCGUCAAGGUGAUACAUCAUCCUCAUCAAGGUGAUACAUCAUCCCCAUCAAGGUGAUACAUCAUCCCCAUCAAGGUGAUACAUCAUCCCCAUCAAGGUGAUACAUCAUCCCCAUCAAGGUGAUACAUCAUCCCCAUCAAGGUGAUACAUCAUCCCCGUCAAGGUGAUACAUCAUCCCCGUCAAGGUGACAUAUCAUUCCUCAGAAAGGGAUACAUAACUCUGGCUGAGUAAGAUAACUACUACCUUACUAAGAUGACCACAUUUCUCCUUGACAAUAGGAGGUCACCGUGGACAAGAUGACUGACGUAAAAACAUUGGCAAAAUAUAUCAAAAGGAAUUUAGAGUUUCAUGGUCAGCGUUUAGCUAUCGUCUUUAUACUUUUUGGUGUCUGUUCCAAUCAGUCCGGACCGGAGGGACAAUAACACCUUUUUCCUCUGUCCUCACUAGGAGAGAAAAGCUUGCUACUAUCUAGAGAUAGCUAUGUAUAAUAUAAUCUAUAUUUGUUAACUCAUUUGUUACUCAUUUGUUAUGUAAUUUUUUUUCUCAUUCUGACAAAAUUUGUUUUUAAACUCUGGCAUUUAAAAAGCAUCUCCUAAAUGACGUUUCAUAGUUUGACAACAGUGAACAUGUCUGAUAAUAUUAGACGCAUCAUUUCAAAAGAAUGAACUAAAAUCCCCCCCCCCCCCCCCCCCACCCCCCCUCCAAAAUCCCUCUUUACCUCAUUCUUUCUUUUAUUUUCUCGUAAAAGGAAAAUAAGUUGGCCGUGGCAUGUUGCAAUACAUAAUAUAUGACAUUUCAUAAUAAAUAGUGUGUUUUC